CCGUUAGCAGCUCGAGUAGCACCAGUGACCGGGGGGGGACAGGAUCAGGAUAUCCACCGCUAAUUCAUUGAUAAAAUAACUCCGUGGACGUUGCAGCACUUAAUAACAUCCUAACACGGGGGUAACCGAUAGGAACUGGUUGCAGUGCGAUAACCCCGCUCCAGCUGUUGGGAUAUGGCCAGGCCGGAACAGGUUCUGCUCUUGGAGCCUCAGCACGAACUGAAAUUCAGAGGUCCAUUCUCAGACGUGGUCACCACAAAUCUCAAGCUCUCCAACCCAACAGACAGGAAUGUGUGUUUCAAGGUGAAGACAACAGCACCGCGCCGGUACUGUGUGCGGCCAAACAGCGGAAUCAUCGAUGCAGGCACCUCAAUCAACGUAUCAGUUAUGCUGCAGCCUUUUGACUACGACCCCAAUGAGAAGAGCAAACACAAGUUCAUGGUCCAGUCCAUGUUAGCGCCUCCUGACAUGACUGACAUGGAGGGAGUGUGGAAGGAGGCUAAGCCAGAGGAGCUGAUGGACUCCAAGCUGAGGUGUGUUUUUGAGAUGCCAGUGGAGAACGAAAAAACGCAUGACAUGGAGUCCAACAAGAUGAUGUCGUCCAGCUUGCUGAAGUCAGACUCGUCUGCGCUGCCUGCGAAGUCACUGAGCUCCACCCUUGAUGACGGGGAGGUAAAGAAAAUCAUGGAGGAGUGUAAGAGGCUGCAGAUGGAGGCUCAGAGGCUACGGGAAGAAAACAAACAGAUCAGGGAGGACGAUGGUCUGCGGAUGAGGAAGAGUAACGUGAUGUCAUCUCAGCACACCUCAGUUGGCAUGAAGAAAGAGGAAGGGUUGAGCGCCCGCACGGUGGCCCUCAUCAUUCUUUUCUUUGUGGUGGGCGUCAUCGUGGGCAAGUUGGUCUUGUAGAGCGCAGAGAAGUUCGGUUGGCCGCAGCAUGCUUUCGGGGGAUGAAAACAAAUCACAGAAUGUGGGAUUUUGGAUCAGAAAACGCCAUAUCCGCUGGGUGGGGGGUGGUACAAGUUUUGAUUCAGUCUAAUUUAUGUAAAAAAAAAUUUCAAAGGUAAUGUAUGAGGAAAAAAAGAAAAAAUAAUCUUAUGAACAAACCUACUGUUACAGGUCUUGCCUCUACGUAAUCAUCACAUAAUCAUUCUGGCCCUCUUCCCAAAGUUUCAUGUAUACAGAUGACUGGUUCGGUGGGUGGGGGGUAAUGGAAACAUGACUUAAUGCUAGUGAUUCAGACCAAUGGAUUUUCUAACACCGGCGAGGUAGUGUUGGUGCGAUUGAGUCAGUUUGCAAUUGUGUGAAUGUCAUUUUAGUGUAUUGCUAUUUCUUUUUCUAAAUGAUGGAGGCCAGAUCGUAUGUAUAUGUAUACGUAAUCCCCCCAACUGUACAGUAUAUCCAGGUGUUCCUUCCAGCUAAACCCCCUUUAAGGAAGGGAUUUACCAGAGCGAUGAUCCACAAAGUCGGGGUUUCACACAGGGCUAUCAAACUGACUCUUCCAAUCAGAGGCUUUGUAAAAUCGGCUUGUCUUUGAUUGUAGAACCUUGAUCAGUGUAUGAAACACUAUACCAUAGGUAUUUUCUUUCCUCGUGUCCUUUUUAUUUUCAGUCUACCUUAUUCCUGCCACCUGUCACUAGGUGUUCACCACACCCCCAGUUGUCAGAGGGGGAUGUUUGAUUGCAUGCGUUCACUCAGAGUGUUGCAUCUGGACUUUUGAAUCUAAUUUAAUUGCUUUUAUAAUGGUGAUAAUAAUAAUGUCAUUUGGCUGUAGGUUUGCACAACUACAUUUUCUGAUUUUCUUUUUCUCUCUUUUCUGUUUUCUGGCAUUUUUAUGAUUUUAAGUAUUUUUUUUGUUGUUAGGGUUGAUGCAUUUAAGAAUAUUGCAGCUACCUGAAAUGAGAUUUAUAGGAUUAGAUCGUUUCUGUAAAUGUUCUCCAGAUGAAAGCCUUGCCUUGUGACCUUGGGCAAGUUAUUCUCAGGCCAAGACAGAGGUAUAUAUACAGUACAUUAACAUAUAUAUAUAUACACACAUACACAAACACACGGAAAGCAUGCAUACAUAUAGUGAGAGAGAAACCACAAAUGGACAGAAGGUGCAUGUAGAAGCGAAUGGUUUUGAGUUUUCCUGACAACAUCAACACCAACUAGGUCUUGUCCUGACAAAGGGACCUUGUUUCCUCAUAUUUUCCUACUGAGCCAUACAUUUGUUGACAUUAUGUUUUGUUUGGGCAAAUGUAUGUCAGAGAUCGACUCAGUUGCUGUGUCUCAAAUCACGUACUUCCAUACUCACGCCGCUACAUAGUGGAGGGGGAGGGACCACCAACGACUUUUCAAAUUUGUGGAAAUGGUGGCCUAGGAAGAACAAGUGGUCUCCGCCAAUCAGGGGUCGUAUUAAACAAAUAUUUUCCAUCACUGAAAUUUUUUUUUUUUUUUUGUCCCCCCCCCCAAAGUUCCUGAACCUUUGGAAAGUACUACCCCCUGUUCAGGUACCUUUUUUGGGGUCGAUCAAUUACCCCGGAACUAAAUUUAGACCCUGGCUCCUUCGGUGGAAACGCGCAUAGUUCCUCAAAUGGUUCCUGGCGAAAGUUCCUACGGUGGAAACUCGGCUUAUAUGGGUGCUGCCAGUGCAUUGAAGAGCGACGGACUGGAGGCCUUCGAGUGUAUGUAGCACGGGUCACAGAGGGGUGCAGCGACGUCCCUGCUCUUGAAGCAAGUGCUUGCAAGAUCGGAAAAUCCCACAUUCAGGGAGUCUUGCUGAUUUCUGAUCACUUCCCUGGGAGAAAUGUUCCCCGACUUCAAAACUCUGGCUGAAAUGGCGCUGGUAAUUCCAGUCUCCAUUCAAAAUAAAAUUACGGCCAUGAGAAUUCGUCUGUCCAAGGCAAAGAUCCAAAACCUAAUGACAGCUGCCUCUGCAGCAAUCUGGUUAUGCCCAAGGGAGCACCCGUUUAAAUUCAUGGAGGAAGGUUCGGGCUCGGCUUUGAGUUUGACGACUUUUACCACCCUGACAGACAACGAAAAAAGUCUAACGCAACCUCUUUUGCCGAUUGCAGCCUUACUUCUAUGUCGCAUGAAAGAGGAAACAGUAAAUCAUAUGCGCGGAGAAGCCAGCAGAAAUUUUGGCGGCCGACAAUCCCAUUCAAAUGAUGCGAUCGUCAUUUCCGCUAAGUGCACAAUGGCAGUGUUUGAUUUGAGACAACACUACCCUGUUGGAUUUCACGCACUACACCAGUGAGUAUACUGGGUACACAGUGUACUACAUGUAAGUACUGAAUGAAGUGUCCGAUUUGAGACACAGCAAGUGUUUUAAGAUGGCUGCUGCAGUUCUCAACUGCUGUUCAUUUUGCUGUUUUUUUUUUUUUUUGUCUGUUUUUCUUUCACUCCACUGCAGGCCUUUGCUCAGUUUUUGGUGUUUGUUCAGCAUUUAUCUGUUGCUUAUUAAUGUUAUAUCCUCACUGCAUUUGAAGUUGUGUUCAUUUUUAAUGCACUAAAGUUACGAGUGUUUCUCCUUUGAUCUUCCUGCAGCUUAUAACAUAUUUUUUUCUCAAGCAAGAGGAAAAAAGCAUACAGCCUAGCUAUAGCCGUGAGGGGAUCACAUGAUGGCAUUGUACUGUUCCAGAGCCAAUGGUUAUUUUUGUGUCAAAAAUAAACAAAAGAAAAACAUACUCAAAUUGUUUCAUCUCCCAAUUUGCAUAUUGAAGAAUAAUGCAUUGGAAAGUGUCAUUCUACUUUGCAUUAUUUGAAGGCAGUCGGUUACAUUUUAUCCCAGUGUAUCCUCAUAAGAUGAGUAGGCAGGAGUGUAUUCCACUUUGCUAAACUGAAAAUUAAAAAAAAAAUUACAAAAAUCCACCAUCUUUUCAUUUAUAGCGUAGUAGGAGACAAUAGAUUUGGCUGGCGGGUAAGAGAUGAAAAUAAACAUGAGCGUGUAUUUCUACUGUAUCUCUGUAAAGUUGUUGGGUUGAGGAUGACUUGCUGCUUAGAGGGAGGGCAGAGCAGACCUGAGCUACAGUCCCAUCUUGGGUUGUCAGGCCUGGGUCACAUAGUACUUACAGAAAAUUAUUGUUGUUCAGUUAAUCCUGGGUGGAGUAUCAGAACAUUUAACACAAGGAAAAUACUUCCACCUACCAGAAUAUACUGUUACGUCAGUGUUGGUACUCCAAGUAGGAUUAAAGAAACAAAAAUAAUUACAUGUAAAUACUAAUGGAUCCAGGCAUAGUUGUAAAACACACUACACUGACCUGUCCUGGAGUCUCUGACCAUCACCGUGAUCAAUGUAAGCAGUCGGAAAACUGUUUUGUAUGUAUAUAAAUAAAUAAAUAAGUCUAUCUGAGAAGAAGAUUAAUAUUCCUAGUACAGUAGUCUCUCUGGUGUAUAAAAACAACCCAACCUGGUUGGACUAUGUAGCAUCUUAAUAAAUUAAAUGAAUAAAGCCCA